UUGACAACAUGGUGGAUAAAAAUUGCAGUCUGCUCUUUUUCUUGCUAACACACUUUUUGACAAUAGUUUUAUUGUUUGGUCAUGAAAAAACGCAUAAUUAUUGCAUGAAUUAUUCUAAUGCAUCUGUGUUUAUGACUGUCAACAAUGUGUGCUUGAAUAAACCUCAGUGGCAUCUGUUUGACAUUAGUCAAUGGAUAUUUUCAACAAGCAUUUUAAAAACACACUUUCCUAUUGACACAGACAAAAAGAACUUUGUUCGUGAAGUCAGGAAUGUCCUAUUUUCAGAAAUCAAACCAGAACCACUGAAAAGAAAUCCCAAACUUGCAGCUGUCAGUGAUCAAGUAUUGUCGGACAUUCUUAAUUUGGACCCAGACAGGGCACUCGCACAAACUGACUUUCUUAAGUUUGCAAAUGGAGAUUUAAAUGUACGCAACCAGAUAUUAUUUGCACAUAGGUAUGGUGGACACCAGUUUAGCCACUGGGCUGGUCAGCUUGGUGAUGGACGAGCAAUUAUGCUGGGGGAGUAUGUGAACCAUCUAGGGGAGAGAUGGGAGCUCCAGCUGAAAGGCUCAGGAAAAACACCAUACUCACGGAGGGGGGAUGGGAAGGCUGUGAUACGUUCCUCUGUUCGGGAGUUCCUCUGCAGCGAAGCAAUGUUUGCGCUGGGAAUUCCAACAACAAGAGCUGCCAGUCUUGUUGUCAGUGAUGACCCAGUAAUACGUGACCAGUUCUAUAAUGGCAACAUAAAAAAGGAGCGGGCUGCUGUGGUUCUUCGACUGGCACCCUCCUGGUUCAGAAUCGGCUCCUUGGAAAUCCUGGCUACUCAUAAUGAGAUAGACAACUUGCGCUCUCUUGUCGACUUUAUCAUUGUGAAUUACUUCCCUUUCAUUAAUGCAUCGGAUCCUGAUCGGGUGUUAGCCUUCUACCAAGAAAUUGUAGAAAAAACUGCAAGGAUGAUAGCGCUCUGGCAGAGUGUGGGUUUUACUCAUGGGGUGUGCAAUACGGACAAUUUUAGUAUUUUGUCCCUGACAAUUGACUAUGGCCCUUUUGGUUUUAUGGACAACUAUGAUCCACAGUUUGUGCCUAACACCUCAGAUGAUGAGGGCUUGUACAAGUAUGAGAGACAGCCUGAUGUUGGAUGGUUUAAUUUGAAUAAAUUAAGAAUAGCACUGCUACCUUUAAUGAACAAGAAGCAGAAGAAACAAGCGGACAUUAUACUAGAUGGUUAUUCGGGAAUCUUUAAAUCAAAAUAUAUGGAAAUAUUCCUGAAAAAGUUAGGAUUUGUUGGAAUGACCACAUAUACAGAAGAUGAUGAACAGUUUUUGGCUGUUCUAUUGAAGAUAAUGGAAGAUACAAAAGCAGAUUUCACAAUGACAUUCAGAGAAUUGUCGGAGAUUAGUUUAAAAGAUCUGAACAAAUAUAUCAAAGACACUUCACUCUUCCCGGAAUAUUGGACACUGCCAGACCUGGUAAACCAUUCAUGGUUUGAAAGUUGGCUGAAUCUUUACAAACAGAAGCUUGAGGAUGCAAACAUCUCCGAGAUACAGCGGCAGAGCAUAAUGAAGAAAACCAACCCUCGAUAUAUCCUGAGAAACUGGAUAGCACAGGCUGUCAUAGAACAGACACAGAAAAACAAUUUUGAAGAUAUCCAUAGUGUGUUAAACAUUCUUACUAACCCAUUUACCUACAAUAAGGUGGCUGAGCAAAGGGGUCUAGCAGGGCCUCCUCCUGAUUGGGCAGGAAAAUUAAGGGUCAGCUGCUCCUCAUAGUUUGUUUAACAUUCUAACUGACCCAUUUAUGUACAAUUUGGAUUCUUUGUGAAGGGGCCUCUGCCGGAUUAGUCGAGAAAUUUUAGGGUCAGCUGCUCUUCGUAGUGAAUGUUGGAGGUAGAAGUAAGAUAUAUUGUUUGUGCAUGUCUUGUUUCUUGCAUGAUAUUAAAUUAUUAAAACAGUU